UUCGAUUAGUUUUUGCGCCAUGGCUCGUAAUCUCAGACUCCAUGCACUCAUAGUGCUUCUGCUUCUCGUCUCCUUCUGGACUCCAUCGUGUUCGGAGUCAAUUCCAACUCCUAAUUCCCAAUGCCAAACUCAGCUCCAACAAGGCUGCCAUGACAGACCCAAGUCCCUCAAACUCAAACUCAUCGCCAUCGCAAACAUUUUAGUUGCGAGCAUGAUCGGCGUUUGUCUUCCCCUGUUCUCCCGCGCGGUACCGCUGCUUCAACCAGAGGGAAGCCCCUUCGCAAUCGUUAAGGCAUUUGCCUCCGGCGUGAUUUUAGCCACUGGGUAUAUGCACGUUUUGCCCGAUUCGUUCAAUUGCUUGACAUCCCCUUGUUUGCCGGAGAACCCAUGGCGGAAAUUCCCUUUCACCACAUUCAUAGCCAUGAUUUCGGCUGUGAUGACUUUAAUGUUGGACUCGUUUUCGAUGAGUCGAUACAAGAAAGAGUUGAUGGAGGCUCAAGUUGCAGAAGAAGAACAGAACGAGGGCAUGGAAAUCGAUGACAACUUGGGGAGAGAAGAAGGAACCAAUAAAAAACUUGGUGCGAAAUUGGUACGACACCGCGUUAUUGCGCAAUUAUUAGAAGCAGGGAUCGUUGUGCAUUCGGUGGUGAUAGGGCUUUCAAUGGGGGCUUCGGAAAAUCCGUGCACCAUAAGGCCGCUCAUCGCUGCUCUCUGCUUCCAUCAGCUGUUUGAAGGGAUGGGGCUUGGAGGGUGCAUUCUGCAAGCGGAAUACGGGUUCAAGAUGAAAGCAAUCAUGGUGUUGUUCUUCUCGAUCACGACGCCAUUUGGAAUAGCAUUGGGGAUUGGAUUGUCGAAUGUGUAUAGUGAUAAUAGUCCCACGGCUCUUAUAGUUGUGGGGAUUUUGAAUGCUUCAUCUGCUGGGUUGCUGAAUUAUAUGGCAUUGGUUGAUUUGUUGGCGUUUGAUUUCAUGGGGCCCAAGUUGCAAGCCAAUCUCACGCUUCAUAUAUGGGCUUACGUUGCGGUUUUUCUGGGCGCUGGAGGCAUGUCUUUGAUGGCAAAAUGGGCUUAG